AUGCUCCGCCCAACGCCCGGAGCCGUCCCGUCGUUUGUGCAGGCCAACCUGGUUGUGGUGCCUGUGGCCUACGCGCUGGACUUUCUGAUGUUUUGUCUGGCGAAUCCCAAGGCGUGCCCACUGCUCGAUGUCACCGAUCCACAUGCUACUGCUCCGCGCGAGGCUGCACGGGUCGCACCGGGCUCUGAUCUGGCCACAGACGUGCCGCGGUACCGGGUGUGGCGGGCCGGCGAGCUGGAGAGCGAGCCGCGGAGCGUCGACGAGUUGUGGUCGAACGAGCCGGUUGCCGACGGUCCACUCGGCGCCUCACCACUCGAGCCGGGCGCCGAUGGCCGCCCGCUGCCCAUGGUCGGCUUUCUCCUCGGGUGCUCGUUCUCUUGGGAGGACGAGCUGGCGGCGAUCGGCCUGCCGCCGGCGCAUGUUGUGGCCGGCACCAACGUCGCCAUGUACGAGACCAACGUGCCGAACGUCAAGGUCGGCCCGUUUGGCGGCAACCUGGUGGUCUCGAUGCGGCCGUACCUACCGGCAGACUUUGAGGCGGUUGCCUCGCUCACCGGCUGCUAUCCGGGCGCACACGGGGCGCCGGUCGGUUAUGGCGCGCCCGAUGCACUCGGCAUUGCCGAUGUGAGCAAGCCCGACUUUGGUAAUGCUGUCCCCAUCCCUCACGGCGCUGAGCCGGUCUUCUGGGCCUGUGGCGUCACGCCGCAGUCGGCACUCAUGGCCGCCCGCAUCCCGUUUGCCAUCACCCACGCCCCAGGCUACAUGUUUGUCACGGACGUCCUCGAUGCCGAGCUGAAGGCACCAUGCGAGCCGCUGGAUAACCUGCCGCAGCAGUAA